AUGGCAUUCGACCACAUGGCUGACUCGCCCAAUCUGGAUGAUUCAGAUUGUCUCGUGAUAGAUUUAUGGAUGGCCUCCUCCGAGGUGGAUCAGAAGGCCUUGGGCAAUUUUGCGGCCGGGACAGCCCUCGAAAACCCUUGCUUGUCGGCAAUGCUCUAUAGAGUACUCGGGGUGUCGGUGAUGCUCUCUAAGAAACUCAUUCGUGCCCGCCGACUGCGUCGAUUAGAUGUCACACGCGAAACGAAGUCGCUUCAGCUCUAUCACCACAUUAUAUGGCUGUCGCGUGAAGGCCUCGUCAUACUCGAACAUUAUGUCUUACCCAUGGUAGCCGCAUUCGUCGAAUUGAAGGUGCUAUCAUAUAAGCUUCGCGCCUCAUUCUACCAUAUCUUCGUGCUCUUUUACAACCGACCUAUCAUCAUCCCACCCGACGCCGGGGCGCCAGCUGACAUGAAGCGCGACUCGAUCUAUAACCCAGAUUCCUUGGCAGCGGCGGAGGGAACCGCGUCCAAGCAAAGCAAAAUGACGUCUCACCCGCCUGGUUUAGCACCGGUCCAACAACCCCAGCCCGCUUCUUCAUUCCUUCUUCCUCCUCUUGACUAUACAACUACGGCCACAGCGUGUUUUAAUCACGCCGCCUUGCUUGCAGACAAAUUGCUUCCAGGCUCACACCCCCUCCGUCUUUCCGUCAAGAUGGAAUAUGCCGCAUACCUUUAUGACUGCCUACAAGACCCAGUUGCCUCCCGCCGUUUAGCAAAGCGCGCCAUUGCGGACGUCUACAAUGCCCAAGAAGGCAUGGACGACGAAAGUUUCGAAGACGCAGCCGAGAUUGUCGGUGUGCUCGGCAAAAUGGUCAAACGCGGUGGAAAGUCUGGCAGCAGUACAGCUGGAAGCAGCGUUUCUCGCGGAGAGCAGUCCCAGAGCCGGAGCAGUCGCAGUCCUUCGCAUCUUGACAUCAGUGUCCCAACUACCGUCUCCCCUAUUCCUGUCACAAAACCUACACCUGUCCCUUCAAGCGGUGCCGUGACUGAACCUGCGGUACCCAGCGCAAAUAUGAUGAAUCCGAUUUAA